CCUACGGAAUAUUAAGCCUCUAACUGAAGCGCGUUAGAGUAGACUCACUGGAGGGAAUGGCCUGCAGAGGCUGAUUUAGCCCAGCUAAGAUCUGAACUGCCCUCUGCAAGUGUCACCCUGUCUCUGCCUGGGUGCCAGACAGACCCUCAGGUGACUAGGAUCUUGAAUUGCCUCAGCCAAGUGUCCAAAAUUAGGUGGGAUCAAUUUCUGUCCUGCAGCCAUGGGAAAACAUGGGUUUCCCUCAGUAAGAAGGAUAUAAAUAAGCAUAUAGCGUAGAGGAACCAUAUUGCAAAUGUUGAAUCUUCCAGACUUGAGGAUCACCUUGGAUAAGUAAAUGUGGAUCAGCUGCACACUAAGGGAAGUUUAAGAUCUUGUCUCAAAUCCUCACUUAAACUCAGCUCUGACUUGAUGUCUACUGGCUGCUAUUCUCUAGCUUUGGCUAGAAUUAGUCCCAGCGUCGUGACUUUUCCGUCAUGUCAGAACCUAUCACGCUCAAUGUUGGAGGAAAACUCUAUACCACCUCUCUGUCUACCCUGACUAGCUUUCCAGACUCCAUGCUGGGGGCCAUGUUUAGUGGGAAGAUGCCAACCAAGAAGGACAGCCAAGGCAACUGCUUUAUCGACAGAGAUGGCAAAAUCUUCCGCUAUAUCCUGAACUUCCUAAGAACUUCCCACUUGGACCUCCCUGAAGACUUUCAGGAAAUGGGCUUACUUCGACGGGAGGUAGAUUUUUAUCAAAUUCAACCACUGAUUGAGGCCUUGCAGGAGAAGGAGGUGGAGCUUUCUAAAGCUGAGAAAAAUGCCAUGCUCAACAUCACCCUUGAUCAGAAGACCCAGACUGUCCACUUCACUGUUCGAGAAGCACCUCAGAUCUACAGCCUGUCUUCCUCCAAUAUGGAAGUGUUCAGCGCUCAUAUCUUCUCCACAUCAUGUCUGUUCCUGAAGCUUCUAGGUUCCAAACUUUACUAUUGCUUCAAUGGAAAUCUCUCUUCAAUAUCCAGCUACCUACAAGAUCCCAACCAUUUGACCUUAGAUUGGGUUGCAAGCGUGGAAGGCCUACCAGAAGAGGAGUACACUAGGCAGAACUUAAAGAGACUCUGGGUGGUGCCUGAUAAUAAGCAAAUCAAUAGUUUCCAGGUAUUUGUGGAAGAAGUGCUAAAAAUAGCCAUGGGUGAUGGUUUCUGCAUAGAUUCUUCUCACCCACAUACUUCAGAUUUCAUGAAAAAUAAGAUUAUUCGCCUAAUUCGGUACAAGUAGGAAUGUCUGCUUAUUAUGGUAACAGCCUGGAGAUAUAACUUAGGUUAAGUGUUUCCCUUUAAAACACAGUUACAGCCUAAUUCAGAAUCAUGCUAAUCUGGAUUAAGAGUCACUAACAGGAGGAUGAUUUUCCUUUAAUGUAUUUACCAAUAUGAUCUUUCAAAAUAAGCGCAUAUUCUAAACAGAAGGAAUAUUGUCCAGCACCUGGAUUAAGAAUUGAUUCUGUCUCUGCCUCCACCUGUGACCUGCUGUGCAAUUGUGGGGAAAGUCACUUCACUUGUGUUCUUCUUAUAUUUUCCAACUGGAAAAUGGGAACGAUCCUUAACCUAUACUGCAAGGGUGAUGUGAUGGUUCAGUAAUCAAGUAUCUGGAGAUCAGAUGCAGUGAAAGAUGCCAUGGAGCUGCAACACAGUGGACAGCCCAGGGGAGCAGAUUUCCCACUUCUUGCUUUGUCAUCUGUCCCUGUGCAGGGUGCCCACAAAGCUUUCAUGAAUCAGCAGAGAAGUUUCCCCACACUCUUAAUAUGGCUGUGAAGGAUAGUGCAAACUGCAAAUGAGCAGGGGAUUAUGUCUGCAUGGGUUAAACAAAGGAUUUCUGUUGCCAUCUGAGGACGAUUUUUUUUUUUCCUGAACCCUGUGAGGAAGCCCCUGCUCUGUUCUGCUUUCAGGGAAGCUGGGUUUGAAUGACGUGACUGGCAUUUUGAAUGAGCAAAGAAGCUAUAGCAAAGAAAAUGAUGUUCUUACAAACUGAGAGGAUUGUGGGUGGAGGUAACCUUUAGUUCGGAUGCUCUUAAACCUUUACUUCUACAUUCUGAAGGCAUCAAAGACAGCUAGGCCUUUUCUUUCUCUUAGAAUGUUGUACUUGUCUGGAGGAGGAUGCUGAAAACACUUUCUGAGGUGAAGACAAAGAGGGCAGAGGCUGCCUGUAUCUUCUGAACGUUUGAGCCUGUUCUGCCUGGACAUGGCCUUUUUUUGGGCAUACUUCAGCAGUGCCCAGAGUGCAGGAGAUGGUCUGUAAGUAGGACGGAUUCUAUCUGAAAAGACAACCUGUCUAUAAGGUUAUACCUAGUAUUUUUCAUUAGAAGAACAGAGGCUCAGUUUUCCUCUGUACAUUGAGCCAUUUUUUACAUCGCUGUGAAAUAGCUAGAACACCAAGGAUGCAUUUUACCCACUUGCUUGGCUUUAGUGCAAGAUUGUCAGAGAGGUAAGGCAGUGGGAAACAACAGGUGAUGACAACGGUCAAGCCUUUUCCUCAAAGCCUGGUCUGUGCUAUUACUAAUGAUUGUACUCCACUAGCUGCUUGUUAGCUCUAAAGAUAAUUUCUGUCCACAUUCAAGACUGCCCAUUCUCAGCUAAUUAAGUGUAAAAGUAUCUUAGCUGCAUUUCCCUAACCAGAUUGCUUUGUGCGCCUGAGAGACUCUCUGGAACUUUUCUCAUUAUCCCUAAUGAGAGAGAGAAUACAAUCGUCCAGAGGGCAUCCAGUAACCAUCGUGUUUAGAAUUCCACCGCUUCCAAAUGUUUUUAGCACAGGGCUGCAAAGCUCAGUCCUGCUCAUAUUCUUGUUUCUUGAAGAACCGAGCCUAUUGUUACUACUGAGCUUACAUGCGAACAGCAUAAAGAAGUGUUUUGUUACUGUUGUAAAAACUGGUGAGAUGAACAUAGUUCUACUGUCCUGAGCUGUAAUUGCAUGAACAACACAUACAAGCAUGAGAAUGGUAAAAAUGCACACUAUGCAGCUAUUGGCAGCCUGUUACAAACCACUUCCCUGUCUGAAUUGGUGCAAAACCAGUCCACUAGCAUGAUAUAAGUGGGACCAUACUGUUGGCAAGUACUGACUGGGACUGAAGCCUUCAUUAUCGUUAAACUUAGCAAUUUUCUUGAAUCCUGAUGAUUUUAAGCAGAAUGUUUUGGCCACACUCCAGCUUGAGUCACCAUAUUCUUCUAGUUUCAGCUGCAUUAGGAAGGACGUUUUUCCCCUACUCCUGUCCUGAAUUAUAAAAUGGGAGUAAUCUGUUCCAAAAGUUGCUGCAUGCCACAGACAAAGCAAAGUGACUCCUAGGUGAAUCUUAUUUGCACCAUGAGUUUGCCAGUCAGCUGGACGUUCACAGUGAUGACUUAUUCACGUGAUAGUAUGAUGAUCUGUAAAAUGUCAUAUGUAAACCCACUUUCAUCCAAUCUGUGCCUUGAAGCAGAUAAGCCUUUGCUGAAGUUAGUGGUAUCAGACUGUUGGCAGUAGUUUUUUUUAACCAAAGCCUUUGAGAGUAGAUUUUAAAUUAUCUAUAACAAGAGUUUUCGUAUGUCAGGACCAAAAGAGUACUUAUCCGUAGUCAUUUAGCUUCCUACCAGCUUGAGUUCAUCCAGCGUUAAGAACAAUGGGCUUGAUUCUCAUUUGGAAGGGGCGAAAAUCCCUCAUCCACGCCCUUUAGAGCUCUGGAGUGGUACUUGCCCAUUCUGCUUCAGCAAAAUACAAGUAUUAAAAAGAGCUGAAUUAUUACUGCAUUUUGUCGUGAAAGGUGCAGAUGAGGAGCAUCAAGAGCACUGUGCAUAGCUUUAUUGUAGCCAUAGGAUCUGGAACAAAGGGGAAAGAAAAGGAGAGACCCUUUUGCUCCUAUCCCCCAUCUUUUCUUCAGACAGUAGCAGCACCCACACUAAAAGCAGACGCAUGAUUUUUAAAAAGCCUCCUAAUAGUCUAAAAAAGAAAUGAAGAAUGCCCCAACCUGGCCUAGACAGUAACUGGAGUAAUUCUGCUGACAUGGAAAUAUGGGUUUGAAUCGCUACAGACUGAGGAGGGAACUGAACCCAGGUCUCCUCCUCCUUGAGUGCUUUAACCUAUCAGUUUAUUAUGUAAAAAAAUUGAAUCUUUAAUCCACAUUUGUGUGUGCUCAGGUGACUAAAUCAGGCAAAGGUAGAUUUGCUCAAACAUUUCUGUCAUUUCUUAGUAACUUCCAUAUGCAGAGAUGUAAAAUUUCCAACAAGUAUAAAGGAAUGUCUGAACACAGGCUUUGGGAGGAAUAGAAAUUUGGGGUAAAACUUGAAAUGUCUGUAAGAGUACAUUUCUUAGCAGGAUAAAUGUCUUUAACAUUUUUUGGAAUGAGAUACUAUUUAUAACACCAGAGCAGUGCUGCAUGAUAACCGGGUAUGUGAAAUAAGUGGUAUGUGAAUCACUGUGAAUUAUGGUCAAACAUACGUUAUACAAAUGCAGUUGCUAUUUCAAACCACACACUAAGCUCAAUUUAUAGCUGUUCCUUAAUUUUGCACUCUGUCAGCUAUGUUAUAAGGUGUGUUUAUAGGAACGUUUUCUCUCUCUGAAGCAUUGUUCCUUUUUUAUCUAGAUAGCUAGCUUCUAUUUCUGAGCCCUAGUGAUAUAACUUGCUUUUUGUUUACCAGUCAACAGCACUGAUGAUUCUUGUUCUCAGCAGUUUUCCUGAAUUAAAGUGAACAAGCACAAAGCCAUAUUAAGCACUUAGGGUACAGCACAACUUCAUCUCUAGUCAUAAAAGCAAUUGAAAUUUAUCAGUAAUAGCAUCUAAAAAUUAUUUUACUGUUGGAGUGGAAUGCUUUCUCUCAGAACAAACUUAAUUUUUCUCUAAGGGCCUGAAAACAAGGAAAAGAUCAAGUGAUUUGUUGUCUUCCUUAAGGUUUCUAGGAUUGCUUCUUCCUAUUCACUCAUACUCUUGUAGUCUUGUAGGAAGUAUUCCUGUUCUCUUGUAUGGUAUUGCAAGCUCUCUUCUGAAGUGCCCAAGCCUCCAUUCAGCGUACAAGGAGCGCUGGUGUGUACGUCAGCCUUGUGAACCCCGCUCCCAGAGCUGGGCUUUUAACUUUGAGCAACGCUCUACCACGCAUCAUGGUGCCCAGCUUCCAUUUUCACUCCGGUGCAGGCCUGUCUGCCUCAACUCCUCCAUCUACAAAAUGAGCCGAAGUCACGCACGGUUUUUUUAAUGGCCUAAAUGCUGAGAGACCCACUGAAUAGAGGUCAAGCGUUAGAAAAGAAGAACAGCAGAGAGCUAGGGCAGACGACAAACAAGUUAUUAGCCGCAGUGUGUUGCCGUUGUCAGAUAUGGGCACGUGCACACGACAAUGGGAUUUCUUACAGGACAAAAAGAUGAUUAUAAAGCAUCGUAAUGGAGUCAAGAAAGAGUCACUCAUAGAUUUCUCCAUACGCUAUUAGGCUUGAUAUCUCUUGAAUAUCCAAAAAUGUUCAGUUAUAAAGAAGGGACUGAAGCCAUAUACAACUACUAAGCGGGCUUUCGUUCAUGUAGCCCUUGUUAAAGGAUGUCAGGAGAAGGUAAGAGGAGUGGUUUUUGCUGCAAGUGAUGGUAGGGAAAUGAAAGUAGGUGCAAAAAGUUAGACCUGGAAGUAUUCACAUGUUUAUUGAGAAAUCCAGGAUUUGGAAGCGAGAGAAGAAUCUAGAAAUGUUCAGGAAAAAAAAACAGCAAUAUUAACAAUGUAGACAAAGAUUUUGCUAAGGAAAGAAGCUGUGAUUAGAAUGACUCAGUGGUCCUUUCCAGUUUCAAUCUGCUACUAUGCAGCCUGCAUACAAUCAGUUGGUCAUGCCAGAAGUUAAGCUGAUAGUAACUUGCCAAGAGAAGACAGCUUCACUUAAAUUUGCAUGUGCUUUAAAUCACCAAACGUAUGCAGUGCUGCAGUUACCCAUGCUCUUCUUCGACUUGGUUGCUGAAUAUAAAUUGCUACUUGAGUUCACUGCCAGUAAAUACCUGCAAUCAAUCAGAUUUAUUUCCACUCUGGAGAAGGCUGAUGUGGUCCAUAUAUAAGAGGUUGCAGACAGUGAGGAGUGUUACCUUCAGCCCAUGCCACAGAGACUGUAAAAUACAUCUGGGAUCUUCUGAUACUUCACAGAUAAACAGAGAAGUUAUGAAGAAGACUUCUUUGGGGGAGUUUCAUUUUUACUGCAGUCCUUUUGAAUUUUGAGUCCUUGCUUAGACUGUAAAUGUCUGCACUGGGCAGAGAUAUCCAGAUCAUGGUCUCAGUUACCCUUGGGAAUAACAUGAGGAAUGGUUUUCCUAUGGAUUGGGGAGAGGCUGUGAGGGAAGGUCAUAUGGAAUUAACAAUUCCCUUUCUCCUCUCUCCAUUCUCCUCCCCCUUAUUUGCUUGUUCCUAAUGCUAAAGAUUUUCCAGUUGGUCAAACUUGACCUCUGAUUCACUAACAGCUACGCUUUUGAGUGAGUACUUUUUAGAAAAAGUGUCAAAAGAAGGCUUUUCUCCCUCACUUUUUACAGAGAGCCUGUACUACAUUAAAAAAAAGUGGCUGCCUUUCUCUGCCUGUAACUCUUGUAAACUGUGCUACUAAUAUGUAUUGAGAAAAUGGUAAAUAAAAUGUGAAUGAAG